UUGACCCUCCUUUCCACCCCUCCCUAACUUCAACUUUCUCUCAGCUUCUCACUCCAAAUGGCUAACUUAGCCACUUCCAUGUUGCUAUGCUUAAGCUUGUCAAUGUCAUACUAUCUCCAAGCUUUCCAUGCUAUGGCACAUGAGUGGCCUGGAGGGGGGUCGACCAGGUUCUAUGAUUUCAAGGUGCAAACCUUGAGAGUUACUAAACUGUGUAACACCAAAGAGAUUGUCACCAUUAACAGAAUGUUCCCGGGACCUGUCAUUUAUGCCCAAGAGGAUGAUAGAAUCAUCGUCAAGGUCACCAAUGUGACCCCUUACAAUGCCACAAUCCACUGGCAUGGAGUCAGGCAGAAGCUAUCAUGCUGGUUUGAUGGUCCAUCGUACAUCACCCAGUGUCCCAUUCAAGCUGGCCAGACUUUCACAUACGAGUUCACAUUGGUGAAGCAGAAGGGCACUUUUUUCUGGCAUGCCCAUGUUUCUUGGCUUAGGGCCACCGCUCAUGGUGCCAUUGUUGUGUAUCCUAAAACUGGGAUCCCUUACCCUUUUAAGCAACCAUACGAAGAACAUAUCAUAAUCCUAGGGGAGUACUGGCUGAGAGAUGUAGUGCAACUCGAGCGGCAAGUUUUAGCAAGCGGAGGAGCUGCCCCACCAGCUGAUGCAUUUACCAUAAAUGGUCAUCCAGGUCCUAACUACAAUUGCUCUAGAAAUGAUGUUUACAGGAUCGAAGUAGUUCCAGGGAAGACAUAUUUGUUGAGGCUAAUCAAUGCAGGGUUAAACAUGGAGAACUUCUUUGCCAUAGCUUAUCAUAACUUAACAGUCGUGGAGGUUGAUGCUGAGUACACCAAGUCGUUCACCACGGACAGUGUGAUGCUGGGACCAGGGCAGACCAUGAAUGUCCUUGUCACGGCUGAUCAGCCCAUAGGAAAGUACUCCAUGGCUAUGGGACCAUACAUGUCUGCCCAGAAUGUUUCAUUCCAAAACAUAUCAGCCAUUGCUUACUUCCAAUACUUAGGUGCUGCCCCUAACUGUCUGUCGUUGCCAGCUAAGUUACCAAGAUUUAAUGACAGUCUAGCAGUAAUGACUGUCAUGGAUGGUCUUAGAAGCCUUAAUCCUGUUGAUGUUCCUAAAGAGAUUGAUGCUAGCCUGUUUGUCACCGUGGGAUUAAAUAUAAACAAAUGCCAGUCCAAGACACCACAGUGGAACUGCCAAGGCACGAACAAUGGGACUUUUGCAGCUUCCAUGAACAAUAUAAGCUUUGUAAAUCCUACCGUAUCUGUUUUGGAAGCUUACUAUAAGAAGAUUGGUGGUCAUUUCACAGAGGACUUCCCUGACUCGCCCCUUAAAUUCUAUGACUUUGUCAAUGGGGCACCAAACAAUGCUCCUAAUAACACACAGGCCACCAAUGGAACUAGGACCAAGGUCCUUGAAUACGGAAGCAGGGUGCAGGUUAUCUUCCAGGACACAGGCACAGUCACCACUGAAAACCACCCGAUUCAUCUUCAUGGCUACAGCUUCUAUGUUGUUGGAUAUGGUACAGGGAAUUUUAAUCCGCAGACAGCAGACUUCAACUUGAUUGAUCCACCUUAUAUGAACACAAUUGGAGUUCCAGUAGGAGGAUGGGCAGCAAUUCAGUUUGUCGCUGACAAUCCAGGGGUUUGGUUUAUGCAUUGCCACUUAGACAUACACCAGUCAUGGGGAUUAGGGGCGGUGUUGAUAGUGGAGAAUGGAAAAGGAGAGCUGGAGACUUUGCCUCAUCCUCCCGCAGACCUGCCCCGCUGCUAGACCCCCUUCCCUUGGAUUUCUUUUGAUAUGUCUCGCUCAGGAUUGUUUUAGGCGCAAGUAGGUUAUAUAUGGCCUGCUCCAUUUCGUUUAGAUCAUUAUAUAUAUUUUUUAAUGGAAACAAGUGAAGACUGGAGGAACAAAACCCCAAAUUUCUUCUCUUCUUUUUCCUUUGAUUUUCCAUAUCGAGGCUAUUUGGCUACA